CACCCGUAUUUUGGCCUGGAUCUGCAGGAUCAGAAGAGCGGGGGAUUCCGAUUCCGACCAGACAACGUCGCCGCCGCCGCCUGCUGUCGAUUCGUCGUCGAGUAUUAUUGUUGUUUGUGGUGUUGCGAAUCGAGCAGGAAAUACUGGAUCUGGUGGCAUGAUUUACCUCUUGGUCCUCCUGCAAGCCGUGCUCGUUAACCUGGUGGUGUCCGUGUCGCAGCAUCCCGUCCUGCUGAUCGUGUCCUACGAUGCGUUCAGGUACAACUACUUCGAUAAGAAUGGCUCCAGGUACAUGGAGAAGCUCAGGAAGGAAGGCACCUAUGCAGAUUACAUGAUCAACGUGUUCCCCACAAAAACGUUCCCCAAUCACCACAGCAUCGCCACUGGACUCUUCGCUGAGAGUCAUGGGGUUGUGGACAACUCCUUCCACGACCCAAAGCUCAAGGAGUUCAUCAGCAUCAAGAAUGAGAAGAUGUGGCAUUACAAUGACGACAUUCUUCCCAUCUGGGCUCUGAAUGAGAGGGCGGGAAAUACUAGGUAUUCUGGUUCGAUGAUGUGGCCUGGAGCAUCUUACAAGUACCAGAACAAGAGAGUCACCCAUUUGAAGGAAUGGGAGUACAAUUACGAUUGGCAUAAAAGGGUCGACACGGUGAUUUCCUGGAUAAAGGAUCCCUCCAAACCGGCGAAUUUGGUGAUGCUAUAUUUCGAGGAACCUGACUCGGAGGGACACGUCUUCGGGCCGGAAUCCGACGUGGUGUUCCGCACUAUUCAAAAACUGGACAACAUCACGCAAUACUUGGACGAACAAAUUAAAGCGAAUAAAUUGAAGGACGUGGUGAAUGUGGUGCAUCUCAGUGAUCACGGCAUGACGACGGUGAAGACGCCCAACUUGAUUGACAUCACCAAAAAUUUGAAGCCGAACACAUACGAGAUAACUGGUGGCACUCCGUGUUUGCAUAUUAUCCCAAAUGCCGAAAAUUUGGAGGAAGCUUACACGAACCUGAAGAAGGCGUCAAAGGAUAACGGGCAUUUUAACGUGUACAAAAAGAAGGAUCUGCCGCAGAAGUGGCACUUUAAGGAGAACAGACGAACACCACCGAUCUUCCUAUUAGCCGACGAGGGUUACGGCUUCCAAGACCUCCUGGAAAACGGCAAAGAGUACGCCAAAAAGUAUAACGUAGAGUUCAAUGAAAAUUCUUCCUUCGGCGUGCACGGAUACGACAACGAACUCCCAGAUAUGCAUCCAUUCUUCAUGGCGCGCGGACCGAUGAUCAAGGUGGCUCACAAGGUACCGCCCUUCCAUUCCGUCGAUCUGUACAAUCUGUUCUGCAACAUCUUGGACCUGAAAGCGCAGCCCAACAACGGAACCUUUGCCAACGUUCGCGACAUUCUCGCAGCGACCAAACCUUCUUCAGGACUCUCUACGCUGGGUAUAGCAGUGGGAGCUGUUGUUGCGGCGAUCCUUUUCAUCGGUUGCGGGGCGGCAAUUACACUCUUUUUGAUCAAAAGGCAGCAGAGUAUCACGACGGCGGCGGCGCUUAACAAACGUUUCCCUCAGACCUUUAGCAAUGCGAAUAUCGAGGCGCAACACCUGCUGGAGCCGGAAGACGCGUGAGUCGUCAGCCGAUUGGCUGACAUCCAAUUGUAGGGGUGAGGCGAAGGGCGGUGCCUGCAUUUUCCCUGUUCUUUUUAUUUGUACGCACGACAAGGUUAGUGCCAAAGGUAAUUUAUAAUGCGCGAGGUAUAUUGACUCGCGGAAUGUACGCAGUAUUUAGAGCAAAUAUUUCAGUCAAAUUCCCAUUUUAUCUUCGUUCCGCGAAAUUACAUUCAUUCGCUUGCCGAAGAAGAUAUGAACACAGUUUGUGUUGUUUUAUUUUAAUCAUCGCUCACUGAAUACUAGGUCAGAAUUGAUUUCGAAUGCGAGCAAAAAUCAAUCUGACAAAAUAAGUCCGGUUUUAUUUUAUGGAAUUUUAAAAAGAAAUCUCACUUGGAUUGAUUGAAUCGUACUAAUUUGUGAUUUUCUCGUUUGAGAUUGAUAUAAGUGAAUGUUCGUUCUGUAAGUCUUGUAAAUAUAAUUAAGAAUUGCUGUGCAUUUUAUGGAACAAUCAUUAGUUGUAUAUAUUUGUAUGGAUAUAUAUAUAUUUGAUAUAAUAAGGCCCAAAUGGUAUAAGAGUAUAUUUAUAAUAUAUAUAUAUUAAUUGACUUGGGAGACGAGAUGACGGGAGACCGGGUAAAUUGGUUUAACCUCUCCGCUUCUUCAAGUUCGUACGAUAUUAUUAGUAUUAAUACAUACAUACAUAUAAUAUAUACAACAUACAUGUGAAACCCGUGUGAUAUAACUAUCUUUAUAUUUUUAUUAUUACAAUUGUAUAAUCGGAAGUGAUAUUUUUUAUAUCUUUCACCCCACGCACUAAGUACACACGAUUUACCGUGUGUAUAUAUAUAAAUAAUGUUGUAUUUUAAGACACUUUUAUCAUUUAUUUCCCAAUCUCAAUCGUUGAGCCAUAACCAUUGCGCAACAAGUAUAAAUAAUAGCUUCGACAAAGUUAAUGAAAUUGCGCUUAGCAUUAGUAAUCCAGUAUGUUAUUUCGUUGUUUAUACAUUCAGUUUGAGCAUUAACGGCUUGGGAUUGGGGAACCGUUCGUUCUUUGCACUUAAUACUGAUUAUACAAGUUUUAUUCGCGUAGGUUUAGGGUUUAGCAACUGAAAUCCAUCCAAAUUCAUUGAAUAUUUUAUUACGGUUGUUGUAGUAUAAUUUAGUUAGGAUGCCAAAGUAUCUGAAUCCCCCCCUCAAAUUUGUGUAAUUCACGAUCGACAAUACAUUUAUAUAGGCCGAGUGUUCGUUCGUUGGCCAAAAAAUUCGCAUGCUCAGUUCGUUGUUGUUGUUGUCGUCCACCUCGAACAAACUAAACCGAGUCUUGUAAUAGACUAGGUCUCAGUCAUACUUUGCCACUCGCAAUCUCAAAGCAUUGUUAUCUAAUAUAUAGGGAUGAGCGGAUAAGUUUGUACAUAUUGCUCAAAGAAAAUAAUUAGCUGAACAUUUCAACAAAGUAGACUUGGAUUAUGUCCGGCGCUCGACGCGCCGUGUACGUUUCCAAACUUAGUUAGGCGUUAAGUUUAUUGUUAGUCGUUAAGUAAGUGAGAAGACGAUUUAUUGUAAGUGUUUCUUGGCUUCUCAAUAUAAUGUAGACGACAGCUGUUGUAACCAUUCAAACUAAUGGAUGCGGUUUACAUUUUUUUUUUAAAUUGAUACUUACAUAAUAACUAAGCAGGCUUGUUUCCUAGCGUUAGUGGUUUAUUGGUUAUUUAAUAAAAUACACUGGUACAAU